GAAUGUCGUCACUUACGAGAUGUCCUCGUUUGUCGGUUACGGUUACUGUAAUAAGAUAUAAAUCUAUAUCAUCAUAGUGUUCGUCUAUGUUUCGCUGAGGAUUAAAACGGUUAUUUCAGUCAUGAACACCGUGUUGAUAUGCAUCUUUCUCUUUUUAUUGGUUCCACAUUCUUUUGGAAGUUUCCACUGUUUUACUAGAAGUCAACAAAUAACGGGAACAUGUGUUUUCUUGAUUCCUUACUUGUCCUUCCUGUAUUUGCCAGUAGAAUCUGUCCCCCCACCUGAAUUGGCAGCCAUAAUAAAAGAUAAAAUCAGAAAAGGCGAAGUACUCCUAGAAACGCUCAACGAACUUCUAAUAAAAAUCGAGAGCAAUCUGCGGAAAGGAAAAGAAGUGGAUAAGACUACCCUUGAUAAGGUCAUGGAAAUCAAAGACAGCUUCAAGAAACUGCAGGUAGAUCCAGGAGAUUUGCCGAAAGACCUUCUAGAGAAGUUCAAAGAAAAAACUCUGGAAGCUUUUAAACUAAUACUACAAGGGUAUGGCUUGGAUACACUUGUUCCGGCAAUUGAAAAAUUAAAAGAAUCCAAGCUAUUGGAAGAUACGGUUAGAAAGAGCACAGGAAGUAAAGGAAAUGAGUUGUGACGUAACAGUAAUUUUUCUGAAGAUUGAAGACUGAUGAAACUUUUAAACAAGAAUAUGGCUUACCUUUGAUAAACUUACGUAACAUUGAAGAUAAAAAGACUUAAAGCCAUUUGUUAUUAUAAUUCAGUCAUCUGAAAUGGUAAUAUUGAUGUACGUAAUUUGAAUUAAAAUCAUUCAUUUCAGAUUUAA